AGUCUUCUUCUCAAAAGUUGCAUCACCAUAAAUCAAACCUCCUUUUCUCCUCUUCUGAUCUGACUUUUGUUGGAUGUUCAAUAAAGAGGCGACUGAUUCAGAUGUGGGUUGGGUAGAUCCAAGAGACCAUUUUUAGCUUUUCAUCUCAGGCCAUUUUCUAAGCUAUAUUUAAGCUCUUCACAUGUUCAUGGCCGCUCUCUGAUCUCUCUUUAAACCAAACCUUCAUUAUUGCAUUCAAGCCAUAGCCAUACCCAAACCCAACUCAAACAAUCGAGUCAAAAACAGAGAGAAGGCCAUGGGAAGGCCUCCUUGCUGUGAGAAAGUUGGUAUCAAGAAGGGUCCAUGGACGCCCGAAGAAGAUAUCAUUCUGGUCUCAUAUAUUCAAGAACAUGGCCCUGGCAAUUGGAGAUCAGUUCCUACUAAUACAGGAUUGUUGAGAUGCAGCAAAAGUUGUAGGCUUAGAUGGACCAAUUACCUCAGACCUGGAAUUAAGAGAGGAAAUUUCACUCCUCAUGAAGAGGGCAUGAUCAUUCAUCUUCAAGCUUUAUUGGGUAACAAGUGGGCAGCCAUAGCUUCGUAUCUUCCUCAGAGAACGGAUAACGACAUCAAGAAUUAUUGGAACACCCACUUGAAAAAGAAGCUUAAAAAGUUGCAGUCCGCCGCCGUGGACCUGCCGGAGCCAUCGGAGUCCGGCAGUUGUCAGUUUCAGACCAAGAGCUUUAAUGAUAAACUUGCGGCCGGAAACAAAGCUUCCACGUACGCGUCAAGUGCCGAGAACAUUUCGCGGCUUCUUCAAGGUUGGAUGAGAUCUUCACCGGAAGAAUCUCGCCGGAAAAUUGGCGGCGAGAAUUCUACUGCCACCGCGAGGCAGCAGCUGAAAUUCGAGGCGGACGGCGGCGAGUUGGUUUCUGGUGAAGAAUUUGAUUCGAUGUUGUCGUUUGAGAAUUUGAAGAAUGUGAAUUCCUGGGGGAAAUCCACGACAAGUUGUAAGGAUGAAGAGGAAAAUGUUGGAGAGAAGUUAAGAUCUGAGACAGCCGCUUCCACAGCGGUGGCUGCAGCUCCGCCGCCGCCGCUUUCCUUUCUUGAAAAAUGGCUGUUUGAAGAAGGCGCCGCCGGGCAAGUGGAGGAGAUGAUGGAGUUGUCGCCGGUGUUCUAAGGAAUUAAAAUAAAUAAAUAAAAUAAAAAACAAAAAAGCUGUAAUUUUUAUUUUUGUUUGUUUAAAGUUGUAAUAAUCCAAAAAAAAAAAAACAAUUAUUUGAGAAUGAACAAUAAUCACUCCUUCAGCUCUA